AGGAGUGUAGAGAAACGAACGAAAACACAAGUACUUCCGAGAGUACUUCCGAGACCCAACGUUAGACAGGCAGGCAGGCACGCACCUUUCCUCUUCCUUUCUCCGAACACUUCCCGUUCGUACAUCCAUUUCCGUUUGUUCGAUACUCGUACAAUGAAUCGUUCGUACGGAAUGGCAGCUCACGGAGCGGAUGGUCCGGACAGCGACGACGAUGACACCAUGUCGGAUGUGUUCACCAUGGAUGGGGACUACACGUUGUCCUCCGGGAUGCCGCCGCCGCCUGCCACGGAGCGCAGCCAUACGCACAUUCCCUUGACCGUCGAGUCGCCCUCCGCCACGCGUUCGCAAGGACUGAAUCCUUACUCCCCCCGGACGGACGCCGCAGCCUACGACGUGUCGACGGAUGACGGCUCCGUGUCGGGCAUCGAAUCCAUGUCGGGCUUAAUGACGACCGACGGAUCCUACUUUCAAAACGAUACCGUCGUGCACGACGACGAAAUGUCCUUCCAAGCCAAGGUGCAAGCCGAAACGAACAAGAUUCUGAGUGAGUACGACAUGGAGGAAGACUUGAAUCGAUCCGGUGAUUCCAAGCUCGGACGCUACCAUAACCGUACUUCCGUGUCGGCUCCACGACAAGCCGCGCCCCCCAUGACACCCACGAGCUCGAUGGACGACGACAGCGACAGCGAGGCCGCACGAGCGAGGCCCGACAACCAGACGCGACACAGCAAAAAGGACCCAAGCUCCGCCGUUGGCCCCCCUCCCGUCUCUUCCAAUGGAGCCAGGGGCAGCUCCGUGCGCCAUUCCGUGCGAUCCCUACGCAAGCAAUCCAACAACAAACCCGAGGCGCCAACGAAACCGGCCGUCUACGACUUGUCGACGCCGGAAACAUCCCCGACUAAUCGUAAAGCGCCGGUUACGCCACAGACCAAGACCCCCCAGCGGUCCAACACCACGGCCCGGCCCCCCAACAUGAUCGUUGUGGGAUCCUCGACUACUACCGAGUCUUCGGAAAAGAACACCCGAGCCGCCGCCGCAAUCGGAGCGUCAGCCGCACCCACCAGGAAAGGGUGGUUAGGAAGUCGCUUGAGCUUCGUUAUCAUCGUGUUGUCGAUUAUUCUACUAACGGCAAUUUGCGUUGCCGUGGGAGCCUUGGUCGCCGCUGGCAAUCGCAAUAGUGAUUCUUCCAGCGCAUCUUCGUCAGAAGGGGGCUCGAGCAACGAAAUAGGAGCCCCGCCGGUCGAUUUCCUUCCCUUCUUGCCGCCGACGACGGCGCCGAUAGCUUCCGAAAUCCCUUCCACCGGAUCUCCGACACCGGAGCCGAGCGCGUGGAAUCGUGAUGUGUGUGGGAUCGAUGAUCCCGACAAGUUGGUCUUUUUGGGUGAAGGGACCGGUGACCGCUCCUGUGAGUGGUUGAGCGGGCGUCCCAAUGUCCGCGACCAAUUUUGUCAACCCGGACUCGAGCCUUUUAUUUAUUGCCGGGAAACUUGCAACAAUUGUGGACCGGCAGAGGGCGACACGACGGAUGCUCCGACCGCAAUGCCUCCGCCGACGAGUACACCCACAUCCGAGCCAGUCAUGAUUACAGCCUUUCCCACCCGGGCACCAACAAGUGCUCCGACGCCGGCGCCCACCUUGGUAGCGACGAUAGCACCAGUGAUCAUUGCCACGCCGGCUCCCAUCGCAGUUGCCACCCCACCUCCUACCGGAACGUCGACGGUUGGGUCGGCUAUUACGAAUGCCGCACCAGCUUCCACAGCCGCAGCCCUGCAAAAUCCGGCUUCAGCGCAGUCGAGAGCCUUGGCGUUCGUAGAAAACUCUAGUGCGACAGCGGCUUUGCCAGAAAGCCGCAUCGUACAGCAGUUUGCUUUGGCCACGCUGGGCUUUCGAACCGGCCUAGCGGGACGGCGACUCGAGGAAGCUCGUCAAUUGCAAUCUUGGAUGAGCGGCACGAACGAGUGUUCCUGGUCGGGUGUCACGUGUGAUAGCCAAUCUAGUGUCAUCGGAAUCAAUUUAAGUGGACGAGGCUUGAGGGCAUCGUUGCCUGGGGAAUUGGCCAUGCUGUCGAAUUUGGUCACACUCGAUGUGAGCGUCAACGAAUUUUUUGGUACGAUACCCUCGGAUUUCGGUAGAAUGGUUAAUCUGCGUACACUACGCAUGGAACAGAAUGGUUUGACGGGAAGCAUUCCGAAUACCAUGCGGAAUAUGCGUAUUCUACGUGAGUUUUAUGUGGAAUGGAACGAGCUCACCGGAGAUUUUCCGAACGAUGUAGUUUUGGCGAUGUCGAGUUUGGAGGAAUUAAGUAUCUACCAUAACAAUAUCGCAGGGUCUGUUUCGGACGCGGUUUGUGCUCUGGGCCUGGACGAAUUGUGGAUUGACUGUCGUGAGGUCAAUGUCGAAAUUGGUUGCUGGACCCGGUGUUUCUUUCAAUGUGGAGGGUCCACUGGUGUCGCUUGUUAA